AUCCCUUAUCCUUAUAUAAAUUGAAUCUUUCAUCUUCAACACUCUCUCUACUCUCUGCUCCAAAUCUAGGGUUUGCUGUUUCCAGAUCUCGCGCCACCGUCGUCCUCAACAACAAUCCAAUCCCGCAAACAUGGCGACCCAGAUGAGCAAGAAGAGAAAGUUUGUUGCCGAUGGUGUUUUCUUUGCUGAAUUGAACGAGGUUCUGACCCGUGAACUCGCUGAAGAUGGUUACUCUGGUGUCGAGGUUAGGGUUACACCGAUGAGGACUGAAAUCAUCAUCAGGGCUACUCGUACCCAAGCUGUUCUUGGUGAGAAGGGAAGGAGGAUCAGAGAACUUACCUCUGUGGUUCAGAAGAGGUUUAAGUUUCCAGAGAACAGUGUUGAGCUUUAUGCCGAAAAGGUUAAUAACAGAGGACUUUGCGCUAUUGCUCAAGCUGAAUCGCUUCGUUACAAGCUUCUUGGUGGUCUUGCUGUGCGCAGGGCAUGCUAUGGUGUUUUGAGAUUUGUUAUGGAAAGUGGUGCCAAGGGAUGUGAGGUCAUUGUCAGUGGAAAAUUGAGGGCUCAAAGAGCUAAAUCCAUGAAGUUCAAGGAUGGAUACAUGAUUUCCUCUGGUCAACCCGUCAAAGAUUACAUUGAUUCUGCAGUUAGACACGUGCUCCUCAGACAGGGUGUUCUUGGAAUCAAAGUUAAGAUUAUGCUUGAUUGGGAUCCUAAGGGGAAGCAGGGUCCCAAGACUCCCCUCCCUGAUAUUGUCACUAUCCACACUCCAAAGGAGGAAGAGGAAUACAGACCAGCCCCUGCCGCCGUUUUGCCCACUGCUGAUAUUGAAGUUCCAGUUGCUUAAAGAUAUUUUUGAUGUUUUUGGAGUAUAUUUUGCUGUAGAAGAGGUUUUAUGCAAUGUUUACUUUCAGACACAGUUCAAAAUUUUGUAGUUUUUUGAGUUAAGAGAGUUGCUAUACUUGGUUACUAGUGUUUAAGCAUCAAUUAUUACUAUUUAUUUUCAUAUUAAA